GUUAAUUAAUCAUAGGGAAUAUUUCAUUUUUGUAGGAAAAUUUGGAAACGAAGAGAGGGAAAAUAUGAAGGAAAAGUCUUUCUCAAAUAAAUAAAUAAAAAAAGAAAAAUAUGAAGUUAAAGAAGAAAGUAUAUGUGACCUAGUAAUGCCGGUAAGACAGCCGUUAAGAUUUAAAAUUUAUAAGCGGACAAUCUAUGGACUCUCUUUCGUAUUCCAACAAAUCUCAACCGUUGAUCUAAAUCCAACUUGCUCGACAUUUAAUCUAGGGGCUGUUUUGGUUUGUUGUUGUACGCACUCUCUUCCAUUUUUCAAAUUUUCUUCCUACUGCUAUUCUCCCACCAUUUCUAUUCCUUCUCUUCGACACGCAAAGGUAGAGAAAUUCAUCAAUUAAAGUAUUCGAAUUGGGUUUCACUCUCUCCACUUACCCUUGCGCUAUUUUCAAGAACUCUAAAUCUUGUGGGUAUUAUUGCAAAUUUGGAGAGGCGUUGGGAUUGGGGUAUGAUGCUAUUGGAGAGUUGUUUUGGAUUGAAUUGGUGUCAACAAGUGUUAACCUUGGAAAUCACCUUGAAACGUUUGUUAAGGAACAAUGACUAGGCUGAGGAGAACUAGUGUACAGAGACCUGGGCUUCUAGAUGCUCCUUCCCCUGAUGAAGUUCAGAAAAUAAAGCCUUUGAGAGGAAGGACCAGUGGCCCUACAAGAAGAUCAACAACGGGAAAAUGGACAGCUGAAGAGGAUGAGAUAUUGAGGAGGGCAGUUCAUCAUUAUAAAGGAAAAAACUGGAAAAAGAUAGCGGAAUGCUUUAAAGACCGAACAGAUGUUCAGUGUCUACAUAGGUGGCAAAAGGUUUUAAAUCCUGAACUCAUCAAGGGUCCAUGGUCGAAAGAGGAGGAUGAAGUAAUUGUUGAGUUAGUUAACAAAUAUGGAGCAAAGAAGUGGUCAAUGAUUGCAGAAGCUUUACCUGGUCGUAUUGGAAAACAAUGUCGAGAGAGGUGGCAUAAUCAUCUUAAUCCUGCAAUAAACAAGGAGCCAUGGACACAAGAAGAGGAGCUGACUCUAAUUCGUGCACAUCAAGUCUUCGGGAACAAGUGGGCUGAGUUAACUAAAUUUUUGCCCGGAAGGGCAGACAAUGCAAUUAAAAAUCACUGGAACAGUUCCGUGAAGAAGAAGUUAGAAACUUAUCUGGCAUCAGGUUUACUUGAUCAAUUUCAAGGUCUGCCUAAUGUAGGAAACCUGAAUUUGGCAUCUUCUUUGGGGGUUCAACCAAAUGUAAAUAGGGUUGAAGAAGAGGACACUUCAGAAUGUAGUCAAAGUUCAAAUGGUGUCAACUGUACUCAAUUUGAGCCUAUAACAGAGACUGGAGCUUCAAGUGGAAGGGAAUAUUAUAAGACUCAAGAGUCCAGUUGCAGCAUGGAGCAUGAUUUGGAGCAAUAUGCAAUGUGUGGAAAUGCCCCUCACCAAUUUAAUAAUAUUUACUUUGGUUCCCACAAAUUGUCUAGAAUGGCUCAUUUGAGUGUACCAGAGGAAUCAUCAGAACAGCUUGGAACAUCAGGACUCUGCAUAACUACAAAUGAAAAUCAUGCAGGAUCUAUAUGCAACUCUGUGGGAUUUAAUUCAGCUGAUACAGUGGACGAUUUGCUUAUAGAUUCUGUUAAGUUGGAGCGCCUACUGAUAUCUGAGAAUGAUUGUUCUAAUACUUUAUUCUCUGAGUCAAGUGCACCUGGAUGUUUUCCUCAAGAUAUUGAAGAGAACAAAUCAAGUAUCAUUGGUGAAGAUGGUGCUAGAAGUUCAUCACAUUGUCGUGUUGAUAUUGACAACUCUUUUCCUGCACAGUCUUCACCACUGAAGUCAUGUGCUCAGGGGAAGGGUGUCUCUGAACCGACGAUGGAAUUAGAUGCCAUUCCAAUUUCAAGAGAUGACUUCAUUUGUGUUGACUCUCCGACUGGUGAAACAGGUAAAUCAGACAAGUAUCCGAAGUUAGACAAAGGAAAAAAUGCUCCAAAACUGAUCGCUGUGGAUAUAUUUAGCAAAGGAAAUUCUGAUUCUUCAGAGACUUCUCUCUCUAUGCAUGAGAAGAAACUGCCUUCUAAAGCAAAUUCUUCACAAACUGUUCCCUCAAUAGAUGAUACUACUACACAAACAGAACAUCAAGAUUUGGCAACCCUGUCAUAUGACAGACCCCAUUUUCCAAGCAUAGAUAUUCCUUUUUUCAAUUGUGAUCUUACUGAAUCCAAUGGAGAAUUGCAGCAUAACUAUAGUCCUUUUGGAAUGCGCCAACUCCUACUUCCCUCAGCAAGCCUUUCAUCACCUCGCUGCUUAUUAUUAGAUUCACCAAUUCGAGACAGUACUCCACGUGCCACAUUAAAACGUGCUAAGAGCUUCAAUUCUUCUACAUCCAUGACGAGAAAGCGGUUUUAUGAAAUGUUGUCACCGAUUAAAGAAAGAAAAAGUGAAAUUAAAUUUGACAGGGACUCAAAUAUGAGGUCAUCUAGUUUCUCGUGCACCUUUUCUUCCCUAGAAUCUAUCUUUGAUGAAAAUGGCGCUUGCAGAAUGUCGAUAUCCUCUAUUGAGGAUUCUAUGCUAGAUGAAACCAGUGUGGAUUAUGCUUUUGAAGAGGGAACAAAAAGGGUCGAUAAAUUAGACACUAGAAUUUCAGAGAAAAUUGAAAGCAUCACUAAUUCUUCAGACAAGCUUGCGGAGAACACUAAAGUUGAUGCAGAAGCCAAGGUAGAUAACAAUGACACUACUUUUAAGCAACAUGCAGACGUACUUAUUGAGCAUUUGGAUAACCACCUUAUCAUCUCUCCCAGAUAUGGACAAGCAAAUAGAAGGCUGGCUGUUGCAGUUUUGAGUCCCAGAAGUCGAUAUACUAGAAAAUUGGACCGAUUGGAUCAAGGUAGCUCUUUUGACUCGGUAGAUGGCAAAGAUGAAAAGGGCAAAGUUCCUGUUACAUCUGUAGAAUGUCCAUCAAAGGCUCCAGAAGAAAUUACUUCUGGAACUGCUGGAAAUGAUGCUGAUAUUCAAAGCAUUUACAUGAUUGGUGAAAGUCCAGGAACACAAAGGGAUCUGGAAUCUCCAUCAGCAUGGAAGUUGUUGCGUUCCUUUCUACAUGGACCCGGAGUUGAUGCAGACAUCCCAGUCAUGGAUCUUGAAUACAUCAUGUCUCCUGGGAUGAGAAGCUAUGAAGCUUGUGGAUUGAUGAGACAAAUGAAUCCUGGGGAAGUUUUAGCGUCUGAUCAAAAUCAUCCUGAAAUUUCUUCCAAGACAAUGGCUGCCUUUGAACCUAUUUUGUUUGGUAAGGGCGACUAUUUUCUUCAUGAUGAGAAAGAGAAUUUGCCUCCGAAUGUACACUUGAUUGAUGGACGUGUUCUUGAUUUUGAUGGAUGCGAUGGGACGCCUGGGAAGGAAAUGGAGAACAAAAAGAAGUUUGCUGCUGGCACAUCCAGUUCAAGUUCCUCCUCAUCUCAUCUGCUGAAGAGUUGCAGAUAGUGAUUUUACAUAAUAUGUGUGUCUAUAUGUAUAUGUUCAUAGUAUUUUUCAGUGCUUAAAAUUCUCAUGGCUGUUGAUUUCAAUUUAUAAUUCAGUAUAUAUUGAGAAACCGUAUUAUACAGGAAUUUAAGAGAAUAAAGAUUCCAUAUCUUAUGCAAA